UGCACUCUCCCAAGACAAAAAAAAACCCUCUCUAGCAAUACACACCAAGCUGAGCAUGUGCAGAGUGACUUCACACGAUAUGUCUUAUCAGGAGAUAAGAGGGGGACACUGGAAGAAGGGGAGGAUCAGAGAAGUCAGGAUCAAACAUCCUUUUACACAAUGCAGAGGAUUAACCCCUUAGGUUCCACAAUGAGUAUAACAAGCAUGCUUUACUGCGAGGGGCGGACUGACAACUCAUGGGGCCCCCGGGCAAUAGGGGAUCAUGGGGCCCCUGUGUCCAUGCCCAAACUCAAAAAAGCCUAU